CGGGCACGGCGAGGUCAGUGACCGCGCACGCCGCUGUUUAUCUGUACGAGAGGUCCUCGGGAGCGCGCCCCCCCUGGCCGAGGAAGGUGAGCGAGUGUCUGGAGGGGAGGACUCGGGAGCGCGACCAGCCGAGGGAUCGAUCGGAUUAAACUCGAUUUGAGUGAAAUUAACACAAAGGAGAGAAGAGCAACACACACUAGUCGGCGAGGUCGCGGAUGCAAGACACGCCGGAGAAAUAUUCCAUGAAAAUAUCAGCAAACGUGAACUUUUUCCCCUGUUUAUUUAUAUUUCAAACUGAAAAGGAUCGCGGUGGAUGUUUUUUUUUUUUUUUUUCUCUCGAGCAAGCGGAGAUUCUACCCUGGUGACGAGGAGUUGAUUUGAUAAAAUCCCGAAGUGAUCGAGCUUGUUGGCAACCAUAAAGAAGAUCAUGGAGUAGAAAGCUUCAAAUUACAGCUAUCUGAUUAGCUCUUCACUGCACAGCACACCUCUCUCCAUCUGUGGGCCCACCACCCAGCCAUGGCGGACCCAGGGAUGUUGAGUUUAUUUGGGGACGAUGCGGGGCUGUUCUCGGAUGGAUUAGAUGGUUUAGGAGAAUGCUUUCCUCAGCAACAAGCCCCUGGCCAAGCCAAUCCUCUGGCCCAGCAGACUAAUCCCUCUCUGAACCACGAGCACCAGGGAAACAGGAGUUACCACCAGGGAAUGAUUCAUGGUGCAGGCCCUGGCCCAGGGCAGCCGAAGUUGGGACAAAUGUACGAGCACAGUCCCUACACGAGCUAUGAUCAGUCAGCUGCCCCCGGAGGACGGAUGAUGGCCCAGAACGGUCCGAGUCAAGGUCCGGCAAAUGUCAGCACGGGCAUGAACGGUAUGGCCUCCCACUACCAUAAUAACCCUGCUAACUCCAGCAACCCUCAUCAUGGGUAUCAAAGUGAUGCUGGAGGAGGAAGUGGGGGAGGAGUUUGGGGGCAGCAACAGCAGAGCAGAGCAGUGUAUCAGCAAGCAUCAGCAGCACCAGGGGGCGGUCCAAACCAGAUGGGAGGCUACCAGAUGUCUCAAGGCAGUUAUGGUGGAAUGCAAGGUCCACCCACAUCCAGUACAGCUCGCAUGAAUCAACACUACCCCCCACAAAACAUGGCCCCUCCUCCUGCUCAGGAUCCUUCUCACUACUUAGGACAUGUUGCAAUGGGAGGGGCCCAAAUGAGACACCCCCAGCCUCAGUCACAGUCCCCGGGCUAUCCCAGUAUGGGCCACACACCCCGGUACCCACACUCCCCCUCCAGACAGUCUACACACCCCCACCAGCAAGGGAUGGCACCGUUUGGUGGUACUCAGUACUCUGGAUACCAGACUCAGUAUGGUGCCAUGGGUCCUGGAAUAGGCCCGGGUGCAAAUGCUAACGUCAGUCCCAACACCAGCCAGUCUAUGGGACCAGGGCAGCUUGGUCAGAGGUUCAACCAGGGAACGGGCUCAGCACCCGGCCAACAGGGACAACGAUACCCCCAAGGAGCACCACACCAACCCCAAACUCAUCAAACCCAUUCUGUCCCAUUGCAGCAACAAGGAGGGCAGCAGGGCCAGCCUAUGCAUCCCCUAAACCACCCCCACAAUCUCAACCAACCCCAAAACCAACCGCAACCCCACCUUGUUCCCCCAGCUCAGGGAUCUUACCCCUCCCCAUCAUCUUUGUCUCCCAUGCGGGUUUUAGGAACCCCAACCCCCCCUCCUCAACAGGGCAGGCCUCCAAGCGCAGGUCUACCUGGGCCUCCAGAGGUUGCGGCGUAUACCACCCUGCAGUCCCCACCCAGUGCUAUGGCCCAUGCACAAAGACCUCCCCAGACCCCUCUCUCCACCCCACACCCACAACACCAGCAGCCUCACAGCAUGCCCCCCAAUGCAGGGCAAAUGUACCCUGGCAUCGGACCGCAGUGUGGGCCUCAAAUGGGACCAAAUAGGCCUCAGCUUCAGCAGCAGCAGGGGCCUCAUGAAGCUCCGGUCACCCAAGGAGGGGAGCAGCGUCUGCUCCAUGCCCAGCAGCAAGCCUCCCGAAGUGGGCAGCCUUUGCAAUCUGCCCCCAUGGGUUUCCAGGGUCCGCCUAUGGGUCAACAUGGAGGCUCUGCCCCAAACCAGGGCUUGGCGCCGUCGGCCCAGAACGCUCAAGCUCAGCACACGCAUCUCCCACCACACCCACACCACCUGCAGAGCACUCCUCCGCCCUCUAACCAGGCCCCUCACCCGUGGGCACCUCCGCCUUCCACUUCCCACCCGCUCUCCUCACCCCCUCUUACCCCACAGAAAGUGCCUCACAUACAGCAUUCCCCCUCGGACCUAUCAGGUGAUGCCUCAAUGAUGGUUCCUGACAGGCCACCGGUUGGCACAGUAGCCUCGGGCCAGCCUAUCUGCACAGAGAAGCCUAGUGAUCAGGAGACCAAGCCAAAAAAGAAAAAGAAGAAGAAAGCUAAAGUAGCUGGAGAACCAGAGGGAAGCAUGACAACGGUAAAAGAAGGAGAAGAAAAUGUAAAGUCAGAAUUUCCUGGAGCUGCAGGUGAUGCAGGUGAACAGGCAACAGGCGCAGGAACUGUAGAAGGAAGUUCACCACCAGUGGAGGAGAAGAAAAAGCGGAAAAAGAAACCAAAGGAGAAGGCUGAGGGCAAGGAACCCAAACAGCCCAAGACCCCGAAAACACCCAAAACACCUAAGACUCCCAAAGAACCCAAGGAGCCCAAGGAGAAGAAACCCAAGAGCACCACACCCAAGGCAAAGACUCCGAAGAAAACCAGCAGUAAAAAGGUGGAGUCAGAGGGUGGGGCUAGUGCUGCUAAGAAGGAUUCAAAGAGAAAGAGAGAGUCAUCCGUCAGUGAAGAAGUGGAGGUGAAGUCCCCGCCUCCCUCCCCUGCUGACGAAGAGGAGGACGAUGGUGUACAGAAGCGUCGUUCAAGCCGCCAGGUGAAGAGGAAGAGGUACACCGAAGACUUGGAGUUCAGGAUCUCUGAGGAUGAUGACAGUGGAGAUGACUCACCAACACCGAAAUCUCCGUCAUCCUCAUCGCAGCAGCAGGAUGCUGGUGAGGUUGAGGGUCCUGUUGUGGAGAAGAUAAUGGGCUUGCGCACCUCCAAGAAGCAGCUGGAGUCAGGCGAGGAAGUGGAGAUGGAGGAGUUCUACGUCAAGUUCAAGGGCUUUUCAUACCUUCACUGUCGCUGGGCAGAGCUGGAGGAACUGGAGAAGGAUAAGAGAAUUCACCAGAAGAUAAAAAGGUUUAAAGCCAAACAACAACUGAACAACUUCAUUACUGAGAUGGAUGAUGAGCCUUUCAACCCCGACUACGUCGAGGUGGACCGGGUCCUCGACAUUUCAGAGAGCACAGAUGAAAAUGGAGAGAUGGUGACCUUGUAUCUGGUGAAGUGGUGCAGUUUGCCUUAUGAAGACUGUACCUGGGAGCUGAAGGCCGACAUUGAACUCUCCAAGAUAGAGGAGUAUGAACGCGUCGCGUCCCGCACACCGAACACUAAUAAAGUGGAUCGGCCUCCUGCAGCGGACUGGAAAAAGCUGGAGAGCUCGAGAGAAUACGGGAAUGGCAACGCACUCAGGGAAUACCAGCUGGAAGGCCUUAACUGGCUGACUUUCAACUGGUACAACUCACGUAACUGUAUCCUGGCAGAUGAAAUGGGUCUGGGGAAGACCAUCCAGUCCAUCACAUUCCUCUAUGAAAUGUACUUGACGGGCAUCGAGGGGCCCUUCUUGGUCAUCGCCCCUCUCUCUACCAUUCCCAACUGGGAGAGGGAGUUCAGGACCUGGACCGAGCUCAAUGUGGUGGUCUACCACGGCAGCCAGGCCAGCAGAAAAAUAAUCCAGGCCUACGAGAUGUACUUCAGAGACACACAGGGUAAAAUAAUAAAGGGAGUGUAUCGGUUCCAUGCUGUGAUAACGACAUUUGAGAUGAUUCUGGCGGACUGUCCAGAGCUUCGGAACAUCCCUUGGCGCUGUGUUGUAAUUGACGAGGCCCACCGGCUGAAAAACCGAAACUGUAAACUAUUAGAGGGACUCAAAAUGAUGGACAUGGAGCACAAAGUUCUGUUGACAGGAACUCCUCUCCAGAACACAGUGGAGGAACUCUUCAGCUUACUCAACUUCCUGGAACCUGAGCGGUUCCCAUCUGAGCAAACCUUCAUGACUGAAUUUGGAGACUUGAAGACUGAAGAACAGGUCCAAAAACUGCAAGGAAUUCUCAAGCCUAUGAUGCUGAGAAGACUGAAAGAGGAUGUGGAGAAAAACUUGGCCCCCAAGGAGGAGACAAUCAUUGAGGUGGAGUUGACCAACAUCCAGAAGAAAUACUAUCGGGCCAUUCUGGAGAAGAACUUCUCCUUCCUCUCCAAAGGGGGUGCAGGGGGAGGAGGAGGAGGAGGUGGAGGAGGAAGUGGAGGAGCCAGUGUGCCCAACCUUCUCAACACAAUGAUGGAGUUGAGGAAAUGCUGCAACCAUCCCUACCUCAUCAACGGAGCGGAGGAAAAGAUCAUCGAGGAGUUUAGAGAGUCCCACGGCGGCAGGACAGACGUGCCGGAGAUGGCCCUUCAAGCUAUGAUCCAAGCCGCCGGCAAGCUGGUGCUCAUCGACAAACUGCUGCCAAAGCUCAAAGCCGGCGGACACAGAGUGCUGGUGUUCAGCCAGAUGGUCCGAUGUCUGGACAUCCUGGAGGACUACCUUAUCCAAAAACGAUACCCAUAUGAGCGCAUCGACGGCAGAGUUCGCGGUAACAUGCGGCAGGCGGCCAUUGACAGGUUCUCCAGACCAGACUCGGACCGCUUUGUCUUCCUGCUGUGCACAAGAGCUGGAGGACUGGGCAUCAACCUGACUGCAGCAGAUACCUGCAUCAUCUUCGACUCUGACUGGAACCCUCAAAACGACCUACAGGCCCAGGCCAGGUGUCAUCGUAUUGGCCAGUCCAAGUCUGUCAAGAUCUACCGCCUGAUCACCAGGAACAGCUAUGAGAGGGAGAUGUUUGACAAGGCCAGUCUGAAGCUCGGACUGGACAAGGCAGUUCUGCAGAGCAUGAGCGGACGAGAGAACGCCAACAGCGGGGUCCAACAGCUGUCCAAGAAGGAGAUAGAAGACCUGCUAAAAAAGGGCGCUUACGGAGCUCUAAUGGAUGAGGAAGAUGAAGGCUCCAAAUUCUGCGAGGAAGACAUCGACCAAAUCCUCCAAAGACGAACUCACACCAUAACCAUCGAGUCUGAAGGCAAAGGCUCCACUUUUGCCAAGGCAAGUUUUGUCGCACCAGGGAACCGAACCGACAUUUCUUUGGAGGACCCAGACUUCUGGCAGAAGUGGGCCAAAAAGGCAGAGCUUGACAUGGACGCCAUCAAUGGCCGGAACACGCUGGUCAUCGACACGCCAAGAGUGAGGAAGCAGACGCGCCACUACAGCAGCGUCAAAGAGGACGAGAUGCUGGAGUUCUCUGAGCUGGAGAGUGAUGAUGAGGAGCCGUCAUCCAGACCUUCAUCCAAACAACGACGACCUCAAGACAAAGCCCAGGGUUACCCCCGAUCGGAGUGCUUCAGGGUGGAGAAGAACCUGCUGGUCUAUGGCUGGGGUCGAUGGAGUGAAAUCCUGGCCCACGGUCGCUUCAAGCGCCCCCUAAAGGAGGCAGAUGUGGAAACCAUCUGCAGGGCUCUGCUGGCAUAUUGUCUGCUGCAUUACAGAGGAGAUGAGAACAUCAAAAGCUUCAUCUGGGACCUGAUCACGCCGAGUGAAGAUGGCACCACCAGGACGCUGACCAAUCACUCUGGUCUCUCGACCCCUGUCCCUCGGGGCAGGAAGGGCAAAAAGGGGAAGCCCUCAGCUCCACCUCCUCAAACUCCGCGUGCUGAUUGGUUGGCCACCUGCAACCCUGACCACUUACUCCAAGAGGACAGCUAUAAGCGACAUCUGAAGCAUCACUGUAACAAGGUUUUGCUGAGAGUGAGAAUGCUUUAUUACCUGCGACAGGAAGUCAUCGGGGAUCAGGCUGAGCGCAUCCUGGAUGGAGCAGACUCCAGCGUCCUGGACGUCUGGAUUCCUCAGCCGUUCCACGCCGAGGUCCCAGCUGACUGGUGGGACAGCGAGGCUGACAAGUCCCUGCUCGUCGGCGUCUUUAAACACGGUUAUGAGAAGUACAACUCGAUGCGCGCAGACCCCACCCUGUGUUUCUUGGAGCGAGUGGGCAUGCCAGACGCCAAAGCGAUCGCCGCUGAGCAAAGGGGAUCUGACAUGAUGGCAGAUGGUGUUGAGGGUGAGGAUGAGGAUCCAGAGUACAAGCCGCUCCGAAUGCCUUUCAAAGAUGACAUGGAUGACUUCACCAACUCUCCGCUGGACGACACGGUGGAGGGGGAGGCUGAAGUUAAAUCGGGCGAAAACGGUCAACCUUCUGUGGGCGGGGCUUCUGGCUCCAACGAGCGGCUCUACUGGCCAGCGGCCUCCGCUCUGACGGCCCGUCUGCGCCGUCUGAUCACGGCUUACCAGCGCUCCAACCGGAGAGAGCAGCUCCGCCAGGAGGCGCUCAACCGACCCGAUGGGCGCCGCCGACGACGCAGGGAGUUCCUGCCUUCCAUCGCCAUGGUUCCUGAAGCCGGAGGAGCAGCAGCAUCUUACAUUCAAGAUGGCGCGGGGGUGUUCAUAACAGAAGGAAGCCCGUAUUUGGCCAAGGGAAGUGCAUACUUUGCCAAAGGUGCUCAGUUCCUGCCAGAAACUUCCCCAGUGAUGACCACCAGCUCCCUGUUGACUGAUGGAGCCAUGUACUACAAAGAGAGACGACAGAGAUGGACGCGGCGUGAGGAGGCAGAUUUCUACCGCGUUGUUUCCACCUUCGGGGUGGUCUUUGACACCCAGCGGCAGAAGUUCGACUGGGCGCAGUUCAGGGCCUUCGCUCGGCUCGACAAGAAAACAGACGAGAGCUUGGAGAAAUACUACUACUCCUUCAUCGCCAUGUGCAAACGCGUCUGCAGGAUGCAGAUCAAAAAUGAAGCAGAACUUCCAGACCCGUCACUGAUCAUCGACCCCAUCACAGAGGAACGGGCCUCCCGCACCCUGUACCGCAUCGAGCUGCUGCGCCGCAUCAGAGAGCAGGUUCUGCCUCACCCGCUGCUCGCCGAGCGCCUCAAGCUCUGCCAGCCCUCUCCAGACCUCCCCGAGUGGUGGGAGUGUGGCCGCCACGACCGGGACCUUCUAGUGGGAGCCUCUAAGCACGGCGUGAGCCGCACUGAUUACCACAUCUUAAAUGACCCUUCACUGGCUUUCCUGGAGGCUCACCAGCGCUACACAAGUCAGCGAGGGACGGGUGCUAGCGUUGGAGCUCAGGGAGAACUCGCCAAAGCUGGCACGGAAGCAGCGUCUGCUCCUCUCCUGACCCCCGCUGAGCUGGCGAGCGCUGCAGCUGCUGCUGAAGUUGCCGCUAAAGAGGGGGAGAUGGAAGGGAAAGACGUGCACAUGGAGGAAGAGAAGGCAGAGAUGGAGAUGAAAAUUAAAACUGAAGGAGAAGAUGUCGACAGCAUUUCAUGUAUCAAGACAGAAACCUGCGGUGAACUGGAGGGAAAUCAGGGAGAAGCCCAUGAAGUGAAAGAUGAGACACUCGGUUCACCAAUGAAGGACAUCAAGACCGAAGAGGCUCAGCUGAAGGUUGAAAAUCCGGAGCCGGAAGCACAUAAAGAGGAAUGCAGUGAAGAAGACGAGGCCUUGAAAUCAGAGAAAGACCUGGACAAAGAUUUGACAGGUGAGACCUUGAUUCCUGAGCAGAAGGACGCCAGCUCUGAGUUCCUAGAAGAUGCAGCCACUACUGGUAAACUAGAGCUGGUCCACAAAAUGACUGAUGAGGAGGAAGAAGAGAAGGAUAACCCGGAGAACCCCAAAACACCAAAGUCAGCUGACACGGAGAGGAGCCCCGAGGAGGAGGAAGAGGAGAGGCUGGAUGAUGACGACAAAUCCGAGAAGUCGUCUCAAGCUGAAGUGAGCGCUGUGUCAGAGCAGAAGAACUUUGAUGAGGAGAGCAUCGCGUCGCUGAGCAUGUCCGCUCGGGAUGAGACCAGAGAUGGGUUUUGCCCCGAUGACCUGGCAGAAACCUCUGCCCUGCAGGCUCUGCAGGACCGCGCCUAUGCUUUCUCAUUUUGGCCUAAAGAUCGAGUGAUGAUCAACAGGAUGGACAACAUCUGCGAGGCGGUGCUGAAGGGAAAGUGGCCUGUCAACAGACGCCACGUCUUUGACUUCCCCAGCAGCCUCAUUCCAGGUCACGGCUCCACGGCAACCACAGCAGCUGUAUCCAUGGUGACGGAGAGUCCGUUGCAGAGGCGGAGCCUGGUGGAGCUGACCAUGGCUGGCAUCCAUACGGCGUACAGCGGGAGUGAAGACAGGGCGUCACCGCAGAUUCAUGAGGACGCUCUAAGUCUGACGGUGCCUCGACAGAGGAGGAGGAGGAGGAGAAAGAUCGAGAUUGAAGCAGAGCGGGCGGCCAAACGAAGAAACCUGAUGGAGAUGGUGGCUCAGCUCAGAGAGAGCCACGCUGCUGCCGAGUCCCAGAACCAAGCUAUAGACCUCACCAAGGGGGUGCACCAUCACCACAAGGCCUCUCCAUCAUUCUCUGGCUUCCCCAACACUCUGACGAACCCCUCCCUGAAGGCUCAGAUGGAGUUGCUGCAGCAAGUCCCUUCCUCCGGACACCGAGCCAAUGGUUCGCUGGAGGCCGACCUGCCCAUGAUACGACGGAGGCGGGGCCGCAGGAAAAAUGUGGAGGGCUUGGAGCUGCUGUUCAUGGGGAACAAGAGGACCGGAGGGGGGGACGACGUGGAUGAAAAGAAAGUCCCGGCUUUGGAUUCGGUUCAGGAAGUGGCUCAUCCCCACAGAGGCCACAGCGUCCCCGAGCAGAGCCCCAGCGCCCGAUCGCUGGCGUCGGGCAGCAUGGAGGAAGAGGAGACGGCGCUCUCCAACAAAGACCUCGGAGAGUGGCUGCGGCAGCACCCCUCCUACAUGGACAUGCCAGGAUUCACACCAAAGAGCGAGGAGAUGCUGCUGUCUCAGUUCUCCAAGCCGAAGCAGAAACGCCACCGCUGUCGAAACCCAAACAAAAUCGACAUCAACACCCUGACGGGGGAUGAGAGGGUCCCUGUGGUGAACAGACGAAACGGACGCAAGAUGGGCGGGGCUAUGGCUCCACCAAUGAAGGAGCUUCCAAGGUGGUUACUGGAGAACCCGGAGUUUUCUAUCGCGCCUGAUUGGACAGAAAUCGUCAAGCAGUCGGGUUUCCUCCCAGAAGCCAUGUUUGACCGACUUCUGACCGGCCCUGUCGUCAGGGAGGAGGGCGUGCGUCGCCGGGGGAGACGGCCCAAAUCUGAGAUCGCCAAAGCAGCCGCCGCUGCCCAAGCAGCAGCUGCAGCUCAGGCUGCGCAGGCGUCGCUGGCGACUGCGGCUUCAUCAGCAGGAGGAAUCAACCCUCUGCUCCUCAACAGCCUGUUUGGAGGGAUGGACUUGUCGUCUCUCCAGAGCCUCCAGUCUCUCCAGUUGGCUGCUGGGCUGAUGGCCUUCCCUCCUCCCACCGACCCCAAGCAGAGUGCCGCCAACGCCGCCGCUGCCUCCAUGCUGCCCCUCAUGCUGCCAGGUAUGGGAGGCCUGCCCAAUAUGGCCGCCCUCCCGAACAUGUUCAGCCUCGGCGGGCUCUUCGCCGGUAACUUGGCGACAGCCUCUGCUGCCCCCUCUGCGACCAACUCCACCGUCACCACGGCGGCGAGCAACGGAACCAUGGAGGCAGAGGGAGCAGACGGAGAGGAGACCGUAAAGAGGAAGAGAGAGGAGAUAGAUGAAGAUGAUGGUGAUGAGGUGGAGGAUGAGCAGGAGGCCAAUGAGGAGGGGCUGAAGACGAAGAAGAGGAAGAUGGAAGGCGAGGGCGGCUCAGAGGGAAUGCAGAAGUCUGCCGGCGACGGAGCGGUGAAGCUGCCAGCCGCAGACUCAUCGACAGAUGUUUCCAUCAAUGGCGAUGCCGCCGCCCUGCUGGCGGCUGCCGGCAUGUCUGCCAACUCCCUGGCAUUCAACCCCUUCCUCAUCUCCACCAUGGCUCCCGGGCUCCUGUACCCCUCCAUGUUCCUGCCCCCGGGCCUCGGAGGACUCAGCCUACCUGGCUUCCCCACCGCCUCCACCCUGGCUGAGCUGCAGAGCGCCAUGGCUGGAGCGCUGGGCGGCAGCGCCACGACCCCGACCGCCUCGAGGGAUGAAGAGGAGGAGGACAAGAAGGGGGAAGUGAAAGCUGCAGCCGAUGAGGAGGAGGAGGAUGAGGACGCACAGGGAGGGGGACGGAGGGACUUGGCUGAGGGGGAGACGAGCGGUGAAGCCCAACAGCCCACUCUGGAAGAAAGAGGAGAGGAGGAGGAUGAGGAAGAGGCGGCGGCGUCUCCACAGUAGGGCAGGAGUGACUGAACAUGAAACUGACCGGCCUUGAACAUUUCCUCCCCUCUGACCCCCCACCACGUUUACACGCCUCCACAAAUAUCCAAACUAUUAAGAAUUCUGUUGUUUUGUUGUUGUUUUUUAUGAUUUUUUUCCCUUCUGUCUUUAUUGUUUGGCCAGGUGUAUUUACUCUGCGUCAGAGAGGACAGGUGUGUUUGUGUUAAGUUAAAUCUCUCUGAUUGAUAGUGUAGUCAGGGAAAACCUCCGCCGCUCGCAGCUCGGCUCCUCAAAGAUUUGUUCUUUCCGCAUUUCGUUUCCUCUCAGAUAGGAUUUCACAAGUUUCCAAUAGUGCUUCUAUUAUUAUAUUAUUAUUAUUGCUGCUUUCAGCUCCUGAGUCUUUAUUUUUUUCAUUUCUGCCUCCUCCUUUUUUAAUUUUUUUGUCUGUUUUGUUGUUAGCAGCGUCUCAUUAAGCCAAGAAAAACGCCACGUCUCGUGCUUUUUCUGACAUCAGUUCUCAAACGAUAAAACGGCAUUACAGCAAACCGGCUGUCUGUCUGACAAAGCUGCUGCAAAAGGAAUUGUGGGUAUUGGAGUUGACUGAGCUGUUUUUUGUUUUUUUUGUAGUUCUCACAUAUCAGACCAGGUAGACUCUGAUGAGGAAAAUAAACGAUGAGAAGAAUUUUGUCUCGCACAUCCGGACAUGUACUUGAUUUCUUGUUCAGGUGUCUACCACUACACACACUAAGAAGCCCUUUGAUUUUGUGUACUUGUGUCUUCGAGGACUCGCCCCCCCCCACAAACAACUCUUCCUUUUUGAGUACGCGCACUCCUGAUGAGGCGCCGAACCGAUACUGUUAAACCCAGUCCCACACUGAAAACCAGUCGCACCUCCUUCCUACUGCCACAUCUGAAUCCUCCCCCCUCGAGGCGGCCGGUUUUUCGGUGUACGGGGUGGCAGGCGGGCUGGGUCUGCCGCCAAUCAGGCCUUCUGAUUGGUCCGCUUCAUGCUACUGAAACCAGCUGUCCUCCGCCGGAGGACUUUGUGAAUUAAUGGGAGCGCUGGUCCACACAGGGAUGUGAUAUUUCAGGUUUUAAAGCUGUUUUUUUUUUUUUUGGUCCCUCCCCUUCCUACGCCGCAAAAACAUUCACAUCCCGGUAGUUCCAGACCAAGUGCUGCUCCAAGGUGACCUACUCUGAUAAGACUGUUGCUCUAGUCACACACACUGACACCAGGCCUGACCGAAAAACAGGACUGAGACACUUCGCCCCCCUCCAACCCGGAGCUGUUAAAGCAUAAAGUUCCACUCUGCCCGUAAGUUUAAAAUACUUGAAAAGCACGAGCGGUGCUUGAUUUGUCGCCCCGCCCCUCCCCCCCGAAUCCCCAAAAGGCCAGUUCAAGUGAAAUCAAGUGCUGCAAGUGGUUCAGAUCUUUGAAAGUACAUUCAAGCCGGCGCUGUGGCCCGCUCUUGUUCACGCUCGCUAUCACAGCCAGCAUAUGCAGGGAGUCGCCACGACGACGGCCGCUCUCCUCUCAAACGCUGAGACAGCAAUAACCGAGGCAGCUUGUGAAUGUUUCGUCACUCUCCCGACACACACGCACACGACAUGAUUAACCACAAGUGUCAUAUGAAACGAAAAACAAACGUAAAAACUGUAACCAUGACUAAGAAGUACUGCAAUCAGUCUUGUCUCACUCUGUUCCUGUUGAUGCACUGGUGUUAAAGAGUAAAAAGUAAUCAGGUACCUUUAUUACUUAGCUACUUUUCUUGAAAAAAAAGGACUUUUUGUUACUUUUAGCCAGCAAGCUGAAGAGCAUUACCUCAAAUUUCUUAUCUAGCCUUGAAGUUUACAGACAUACCAUGUAAAUGUGUUUUUUUUUUCCUUUGUUUUUUGGAAACAUCAUGUAUGAUGAAUUGUAGCUAUGAUGCUUUUAAUAAAAGUGAAUCAUGAUAUUCGCCUAGGAAACCAAC